CCCUGCGCGAUGGCCAUGCCCGUCGAGUCCGUGCCGCGCGUCCACGUCGCCGUCCUGGGCCGCGCGGGGUGGCGUCUCGCGCUCCAGGUCGCCGUCGUCGUGGUGCUGGCGAGCUGCGCGCUGGCGUACGGUGAGGUCCGGCCGCGCCGCCAGAGCCCUUGGCGGAGUCCUCCGGGCCCUCCGGGCUUCCGUCGUGGGGGGCCCUGGAGGGACGGGCCGCCGGGACACCAACAGACGCCGCCGGGCCUCAGGAAGCAGGGCGCCGAGCAGGGGUUCCGGGACGGCGAGGCCGAGCCGGGCUUCAGGGCGCCUGGAGGCGAGGGCUUCAGGGCGCCUGGAGGCGAGGGCUUCAGGAAGCAGGAGGGCGGUGCCGGCGCGCCCAGGCAGCAGGACUGCGCCCCGUCCCUGACGACCAUGAACGGCGGCCAGCCCACCUGCAGCGGCCAGCUCAUCUUCGAGGACAACUUCAACGACCUGGAGCAGUGGAGCAACGACAUCCACAUGGCAGGGCCGCCGGACUACGAGUUCGUCGUGUACAAGAGCAGCCCCUGGAACAUCUACAUCGACAACGGCAUCAUGACCAUCAAGGCCUUCCUGUCGGAGGACAAGUACGGCCCCGGCUUCGUCUCCAACGGCACCAUGUUCGUCAAGAGGUGCACCGCCAGCGACCGCGACCUGUGCGAGCGCACCGCCUUCUCGUACAACAUCCUGCCGCCGGUGCGGUCCGCGCGCGUGCACACUGCCAACUCGUUCGCCUUCCGCUACGGCGUCGUGGAGAUGCGCGUCCGCGGCCCGCGCGGCGACUGGCUGUACCCCCAGCUGGCGCUGAAGCCGGCCGAGUCCCGCUACGGCCCCCACUUCUCUUCGGGGGAGAUCCGCCUGCCGUCCCACUUCGGCAACAAGUUCCUGAGGGACUCCCCGGGCGGCGGGCAAGCCGGAGGGUCCCCGGGGCAGCGCGGCUGGCGCGGUCGCAAGCUGAUGCGGGCGGGCGUGGCGCUGGGCGUCAAGGACCAGAACGACGCCAAGCUGCUGAGCGUCGAAGCGCGCGCCCCCCAGGAGGUGGCCGACUGGUCCAGAGUCUUCCACGUCGUCCGGAUGAAGUGGUCGCCAGACGGCUUCGAGUACUGGGUGGACGGCGAGUCCAUGGGGCGCAAGAUCGCCGUGCCCGAGGGAGGCUUCGCCAGUCUCUCGCCCGACCCGGCCAAGAGUCCCUGGGCCGGCGGAGAAAAGAACGCCCCCUUCGACCAGGAGUUCUACAUGUCCAUCGGCCUCGGCGUCGGGGGCCUCAACAGAUUCCCGGACAACGUGACCAACGGACAGAACGCCGAGUUCCCCAAGCCCUGGAAGAACACCAGUCCCAAGGCAAUGCUCAACUUUUGGAAGGCGAAAGACCAGUGGUACCCCACGUGGCAGUUGCCCCUCCUGCAAGUCAGCUACGCCAAAGUGUGGGCACUGUGACACCAAUCUGCCAAAAAGCAAAUCGCACUUUUACGAUAAGUUUAUUUAUUUUUAUAUUUAAUUUAACCAAUAAAAAAAAAAACAACUGUCCUACCA